UGUUUGUUUACAUCAGCUGAAUGGUUGAAGGAACAAGUCCAGUCGCCCCAAGUGUACCUCCAACUGCGUGUUGCAACUCGUCAAGAUCACCUGUUUAUUCUCAACCACGUCUUAAGAUGCCCACCUGGUGUUGGUGCUUGGGCUCCAUCAUGCAUUCAGAUUGGAGGACCAUGGGAACAAGAUGGCAUUGAUGGGGGAGUUUGUGGUGGAAUGUUAGGGUGCUGGCCACUAGACCAUGCCCUCACUGUGCUCUCUACUAUACUCAACCCAGUUAAAGCCAGGGAAGAUUUUCUUCAUCAUCUUAAAGAAACUGCAUUGCCUAGUCAAGUUGAUGAAGAUAAGAACCUUAGUGAAGAUAAAAAUGAUAAUGUCUGGGUGGUGGUUGACAGUUCUGGGGAGGACGAGGAAGACCCUGCUCAGCUGUGGGCCCGCUUCAAUGAAAAUGAUGUUGUUCAGAUCUUAAACCAAGUGCCCUUCAAAGAAAUCUUCCAGCACAUAUUAUUGAUCAAGGAAGAGGAUGGAUCACUCAACUAUGAUGUGUCUUGCACAAGUCACCAGGGCUUUAUGAAGCUGUUUGCAUUUGCUACUCAUCUUUUACAGCUUUUUCGUACAGGACUGGCAACAUAUUCUCAGGUUAGAUAUCGUGGUGCAACCAAACGCAUAUGUCGCCUUCUUCGACACACUGUGGAGUACAUCACUGACCACUGGCAAAGCUUCCUUUCUUUGCACCAGUACUCAUUGAGCCACAGCACUGCCAUGUCUCAGGCAGUAGCUCAUUUGGAAUCUUUACAGGUGGAAUAUGACCAGUUGUUUGAAAAGGCUGUAGAGACAAUAUUCAGCAGUCCCCGUUCAGGAGCUUGGCAGUUCUUAGCCGUCAUCCCCUACAGUAGUGUCUCCCUCUCCCAGUUGUGGAAAAUAGUCUACAAACUUCACAUAGGUAUGAGAGAUGAGUCCGUCUCUACCACCAGUAAGGAGAGUGAGGGGGACAAGAGUAAUCAGGAGUGGGCAGAUUUAGUGACUCACGCAGAUACCCGUGGUCAGUUUCAUGACUACCUUGUAAAUAUGGAAGAAAAUUAAUCCUUUUACCUCCUCUCCGCGCUGGCAAACAUGACUGCAGCUCGUGAACCAUCAGAAAAGGACUUUAUUCGGGUACAUCACUGGUGUUCUUUUAUUUUAUUUAUGACUUACUGGAAUUAUGUUGAUUAUCUGGCAAGCCUUGGACUGGAAACAAACUGGAUUUGGGAAUUUUCUGAAUUUUGGAUAUCCUAUAAUAGGCAUAAACUCUACAUAAAAUGUUACAUGAAUUAUUGGCAAAUAUACAGAACUGCAGAAGGUUAUCAUGUGAUCGCCACUUCGCCAGAAUAAAAUUCAGUAGGGUCUCAUCUGGCAUGGAUUUGAUUAUAAACAAUUAAAUAAAUACUAAGUGA